UACAGCACGUCGAGGUAUUUGCACAGAAAUCUACAGUGACUGUGGAAAAAACUUCGUAGGAGCGAAUUCCGAACUUCAAAAAAUGCUGAAGGCCGCAAAUUUCGACUGGAAGCAAGUCCAAUUAGCAACAACGAACAUCGGAACAAAGUGGAAUUUUAUUCCUCCCGCUUCCCCGCACUUUGGAGGUCUAUGGGAAGCAGGAGUGAAAUCCGUUAAAUUUCACUUAAAGCGGAUCGUUAGGAACGAGACCCUUACAUUUGAGGAACUCAGCACACUUCUAACUCAAAUAGAAGCAUGUUUAAAUUCGAGGCCUCUAUGUCCUUUAUCCGACAACUUUGAAGACUUCGCCAUUUUAACACCAGCACACUUUCUAAUUGGAACAUCAAGUUUUCUUGUACCAGAAGCAGAUAUAAACGACGAAAAAAUUACUCAUCUAAAUAGAUGGAAUAAAAUGCAAGCAGCCGUCAACUCAUUCUGGAAGCAGUGGAGCGGAGAGUACUUAUCUCGAAUGCAACGUCGACCAAAAUGGUUACACCAACAGCCACAACCUCAAGUUGGAGAUUUAGUAUUGCUAAAAGAUGAACGCCUGCCACCAUCGCAAUGGGCUCUUGCACGUAUUACCUCACUAGUACAAGGAGCUGAUAAGCUUACUCGUGUCGUAACUAUAAAAACAAAAUCAGACGAAGAUGGAGUUGAGAACUAUGUUCACGCCGGGGAGGAAUGUUGAGCUAAGAAACAGAACGCCACCCACCAACUAGUCUUCAAUUUGAUUGUUUUUAUAAAGUUAUAUAAUUGUAAAUGUCAAAUUCAAAUUCUGCUUAUCAUGUUUCAUUUUUAUUGUUGUACCAUUAUGCCUAUUUUGUGACAAUAAUGUCAAGA